UUCGUCAAAAUAGCCAACUACCAGGAACUGUUGGGCAGCCAUCAUCAACUGCUCAUCGCCACCGCCGCAGCCGCUGCAGCAGCCGCCGAACCGCAACUGCAACUGCAGCAUUUGGUGCCAGCAGCGCCGACGACUCCAGCAGCCAUCAGCCAUCCGAUCAGCCCCAUCCUACCGGCCGUCAAUCCGAUUAGCCCGAUCAGUCAGAUCAGCAACCAGAGCAGCAACAACAACAACCAGCAGGCGGUGUUUGAAAAAGCCAUCACCAUUUCGUCGAUUGCGAUAAAACGCAGGCCGACGCUGCCGCAGACGCCAGCAAGUGCCCCACAGGUGUUGUCGCCGUCGCCCAAGCGCCAGUGUGCCGCCGCCGUCUCCGUUCUGCCGGUGACCGUUCCCGUGCCGGUGCCCGUGUCCGUGCCGCUGCCCGUCACAGUUCCCGUGCCCGUGUCCGUCUCCGUCAAGGGCCACCCAAUCGCUCACCAGCACCAGCAUCAGCAUCCGAUCUCGCAUCAGCAUCAGAUCUCGCAUCAGCAUUCGAUCUCGCAUCCGCACCACCACCAGCUGAGCUUCGCCCAUCCCACGCAGUUCGCGGCCGCCGUUGCCGCCCACCACCAACAGCAGCAGGCGCAGCAAGCGCAGGUGCAGCAGCAACAGGUUGCCUACGCGGUCGCCACUGCCCCCCAGUUGCAGCAACAGCAGCAGCAACAACAGCAGCAGCAGCAGCAGCGACUGGCCCAGUUCAAUCAGGCGGCAGCAGCAGCUCUGCUCAAUCAGCACUUGCAGCAGCAGCAGCAGGUGCAGGCGCAGCAGCAACAGCAGGCCCAGCAGCAGUCUUUGGCCCACUACUACAGAUACGCAGCGCAGCCACAGCCGCAGCCGCAGCAGCAACACAUCCUGCUGAGCAGCAGCAGCAGUACCACCAGCAGUAAGCACAGCGGCAGCAACACCAGCGUCAGCCCGGCAGCAACAGCUGCGACUGUGCCAGCAGCAACAUCCGUUGCCGCUGUGCCGACGAGCGGCGGCAGCUUGCCGGACAGUCCCGCCCACGAAUCGCACUCCCACGAGUCCAACUCCGCGACCGCCUCCGCGCCGACCACGCCCUCGCCGGCAGGCAGCGUCACCAGCGCCGCCCCCACAGCAGCAGGAGCAGCAGCGUCGGUAGCAGCAACAGCAGGAGCAACUGCAGCGACAACCGCCGUUAGCGACAGCAACAACAACCUGAACACCAGCAACAGCAGCAGGGACAGCAGCAGCAGCAACGCCAUAAUGGAGAACCAGAUGGCCCUGGCCCCGUUGGGACUCUCGCAGAGCAUGGACUCCGUGAACACGGCCAGCAAUGAGGAAGAGGUCCGCACACUGUUCGUCAGCGGCUUGCCCAUGGACGCCAAGCCGCGUGAGCUUUAUUUGUUAUUCAGAGCCUACGAGGGCUAUGAAGGAUCUCUUUUGAAAGUAACUAGCAAAAAUGGCAAAACGGCAUCGCCCGUUGGCUUCGUGACAUUCCAUACAAGAGCCGGAGCUGAGGCCGCCAAACAGGACCUCCAGCAGGGUGUACGCUUCGACCCCGAUAUGCCCCAAACAAUUCGCUUGGAAUUCGCCAAGAGUAACACGAAAGUGAGCAAACCCAAACCACAGCCCAAUACAGCGACAACAGCCUCACAUCCUGCAUUGAUGCACCCACUCACUGGACAUCUGGGUGGGCCCUUCUUUCCGGGCGGACCCGAGCUAUGGCAUCAUCCGCUAGCCUACUCGGCAGCCGCCGCUGCUGAGCUGCCCGGAGCCGCUGCACUGCAGCACGCCACGCUAGUGCAUCCGGCCCUGCAUCCGCAGGUGCCAGUGCGCUCCUAUCUCUGACUAAAUACAGACAAAGUAAUGGAGCAGCCUAUGCAUCAAACUCAAAUGACCAUGCCGCCACAUCAUCAGACAACUGCUACUGCUAUUCAUCCCGGAGCUGCGAUGGCUCACAUGGCUGCGGCCGCGGCGGCUGCGGCUGCCGGCGGGGGCGGGGAGGCGGCUAGCGCCGCUGCCACACCACAGAGCGCUGCUACAACGGCCGCCAACAAUGUGGCUGCCGCCGCUGCCGCUGCAGCCGCUGCUGCUCAGCACCACCACUUUCUGUCUAGUCCGGCGCUGGCCAGUCCCGCCGGGUCCACGAACAACGCCAGCCACCCGGGGAACCCGCAGAUCGCGGCCAAUGCGCCCUGCUCCACGCUGUUCGUAGCCAAUCUGGGACAGUUUGUGUCGGAGCACGAGCUGAAGGAGGUGUUCUCUAGUAUGCCUGGCUUUUGUCGCCUACGAAUGCACACAAAAGCCAUGGCAGCAGCAACUGGCUCAAGCUGCUCCACCAGUAAUGGCGGCGCCGGCAGCAACGCCACCGCUGCCCUCCAGCAACAUCCGGUGGCAUUCAUCGAGUUCAAGGACCCACCGAGCGCGUCCCAGGCCAUGCAGCAGCUGCAGGGUAAAUAUCUCCUCAGCUCGGAUCGCGGAUCCAUUCGCAUCGAGUUUGCGCGCAGCAAAAUGAUCACCGAGGUGGCCAUGAUGAACACCAAGCCGCCACCGCUACCGGCAACAGCACCGCCACCACCGGCACCGCCAGCCCCACCCCUGUAUAUCAUGAACAGCAGCGGUGCUGUGGAGCAUCUGCUGGUGUCUGCCCCACCACCGGCGACUGCACAGCAGCAACUCCAGAUGCAGCAGCUGCAGCAGCACCUGCAACUGCAGCACCAGCACCAGCAUCAGCAGCAGCAACUCCAGCUGGCAGCGGCAGCGGCAGCACCCUGCACCACAGAAAGCACCUCAACCAACAGCACCACCACUAGCGUUGUUGUUAACUCACUACAGCACCACCAACUUCAUCAUCCAAAUCAGCACCACCAAAAUCAUCUCUUUAGAGACAGGAGCGGGUAUGGAAUCAAGGCAUGA